UAGUAGCGUAACCUACUGGUCUUCCCUGGCAACCACAUUGAAAAGAAAAACAGACGCGUGGAAAGGAAGAGACAUUUCAAUUUUCGCUAGAGCCAGCGUUUGUAAUAUAUUUCUGGCUUCAAAACUUAUGUACGUGCUCCAGGUACUUCAUUGCUCUCGAACCAACAUCCAAAAAAUUCAUCGAAUAUUUGCUACGUUUAUAUGGUGUUCAACUUGGGAACCCAUAAAAAGGGAUAACCUUUUCCUUCCCCUGGAAUAUGGCGGUUUAGGAUUGUGCCAUGUAUUUGUCCGUCAGUUGGUCUCCCGAUUUUUUUUCUUUAAGAAUGCCAAUCACGAUUUCCUCAGAGUAAUGCUCCAACGACGUCUUGCUGAGAGUUUAAAUUAUCUGGUUGUUUCAAAUGGCGAAAUUUUCCAAGGUAGGCCUUGGGGCUUUCUAAAGGAGGUGGUAGACACAUUUAGCUUUCUCAAAGCGAGGUUUUCACUGGAAUAUCUGUUCAGUGUGUCCAGAAAGGAAUUGUCAAGAAGCAUUACCGAAAGCCUGUUUUCUCUUCCACUUUAUCGUACCCGCUUCACGCUGGAACCCAUCAGUGACGUAUUUAAAAGAGUAAAGAAAAUGGGAGUGCCUCCGUCAACCAAGACGUUUUUCUUUAAACUCCAUACGUCCACUUUGCCCGUAAAAACUUAUCUCCAAAAAAGGGGAAUAUUUGUUCCCUGGACAGUUAAUUGUAGAUUAUGUAAUAAGCCAGAGACGAUAGAGCACUGUUUUAUAUACUGCAAUGACGCGUUUUUAUUUUGGGACGUGCUACAACGCACGCUAAAAAAAGACUUAGUCCUCAACGAUUACAGCCUUCGCUUCCUACCGUUUUCAGAAAACGAGACCGUCCCGUAUGACAUGUUCGCGCUUCUGGGAUUACAUAGUCUCUGGAAGUGUCGUAUGAUAGAUAGGCAUGCGGAGAAACCACGCACGACGAAAUCGCUUUUUUUACAACAAGUGGCGCAAGUCAGAAGUAUCUAUGCCUCAAAACUAAGCCAACCUGACUGGUUCCCCAUGUUUGAUGCAUGCCUUGGGCUUCCGGAUUUUUGA